AUGCGCGUGACGCGCGACCGCCUCGGGACGACGACGACGGCGACGGCGACGGCGACGGCGACGGCGGACGACGCGCGCGGCGCGAGCGGGGCGCUGCGAAAGGUGCUGACGCGCGCGGACCUGACGACGCUCGGCGUGGGCGGGAUCAUCGGGGCGGGCGUGUUCGUGCUCACGGGGUCGGUGGCGAGGGAACACGCGGGACCGGCGGUGGCGGCGUCGUACGCGCUGAGCGCGUUUACGAGCGCGGUGACGGGAUUGGCGUACGCGGAGUUCGCGGUGGCGAUGCCGGUGGCGGGGAGCGCGUAUAAUUACGUGUACGGCACGUUCGGGGAGUACGCGGCGUUUCUCACGGGGUGUAAUCUGGCGCUGGAGCUCACCAUAGCGAGCGCGGCGAUCGCGCGCGGGUGGACGUCGUACGCGACGGCGGCGUUCGGCGUCGAGGCGCGGCGCGCGCGAGUGCGCGUGAUCGAUGGGUUGAUGGAGAUAGAUUUAAUAGCUGGGAUCGUGGUUUGCGGCAUGACGGCGCUGCUCGUGAGCGGGGCGAAACAGACGGCGCGGUUUAACGCGGCGGUGACGUACGCGAGUUUGGUCGUCGUCGCCGUCGUUCUCUUGGCGGGCGCGCCGGAGAUUCAACCGUCGAAUUGGACGCCGUUCGCGCCGUACGGGAUGCGUGGAAUAAUAUCCGGUGCGUCGGUGGUGAUUUUUGCCUUCGUCGGUUUCGACACCGUGGCGACGUGCGCGGAAGAAGUCGCCAAUCCCGCGGCGGAUUUGCCGUUUGGUAUUUUGGGAUCGCUCGGGAUUUGCGCGGCGUUGUACUGCGCGAUGUGCGUCGUGAUCACGGGCAUGGUUUCGUACGACGACAUCGACGUCAACGCCCCGUUCGCGAUGGCGUUCACGGCGUACGGUAUGCCCGCGAUCGCGACCAUCGUGUCCAUCGGCGCCGUCGCCGCCAUCACGACGUCGCUGUUGCUUUCGAUGAUGGGGCAGCCGCGCAUCUUCAUGGUGAUGGCGCGAGACGGUUUGCUCCCGAAGUGGUUCUCGCGCGUCAGCGAAAAGCACGGCACGCCGGCAAACGCGUCGAUAUUCAGUGGCGCCGUCACCGGCGCGCUGGCGGUGCUGUUGGACAUCAACAUACUCGCCCAGCUCGUGAGCAUCGGCACGUUGAGCAUCUUUUGCGGCGUUAAUUUGGGACUCAUCGUCUUUUUGACGCUUCCGAUGACGCACGCGCCGAAGACGUUUCGCGCCCCGUUCGUCCCUUUCCUCCCCGCUUUAGGCGUCCUCCUGACGUGCGUCUUAAUCGCCGGUCUCGGCGCUCUGGCGUGGAUUCGAUACGCCGUCUACACCGUCCUGUGUUCCGUCGGCUAUCUCUCCUUCGCCGUUCGCAGGUCGCGCGAGUCCCCCGAAGGCGUCGACGCCGUCGAGCUCGCCGUCGUCGACGCCGCCGACGCCGACGCCGACGCCGACGCCGACGCCGGUGACGCCGUCACGCUCCUCCCCGUCUCCGCCCGACCCUCUUCCUAG